AUGUCCUGCUACCCUGUAAGGGGGCUUCCCCUCCUCCCAGGCAACACUUUCCUGGACCCUACGAAAUCUAACUUCCAUCGAUCACAGACUUUCACCUACAAGAAUGGGAUUGCUCUUCCUCUUGUGCCCAAGGUUGGGAUUGGUGGGGAACCAAUCCAUGUCAAUCAGCUGUCUCUGUCUGAUGUGGAUGAAUUGGCCAACAAGAAACCAACAUUAACCUAUGGCCAGGCCAAACAGGCCCCGCCAGCAGAUUUCAUCCCUGGGCAUGUGGCUUUUGAUAAGAAGGUAUUGAAAUUUGAUGGAUAUUUCAAGGAGACAGUUCAUGAAUCUUCACAGGAAUAUUAUCGGGUUCGACCGAUCAUCCUGUACUAUUACCUGGAGGAUGAUAGUAUUGCCAUUCAUGAGCCUGAAGUGGACAAUUCUGGACUAAAUCAGGGUAAACUGAUCAACAGACAGCGACUCCCAAAGAACGACCAAGGGGAUUGUUGGCAUUGGAAGGAUCUCAAUGUAGCGAUGGAGGUGGUGGCUUACGGCAGGCGCUACCAUCUCACUGGCUGUGACAAGUUUACGUGUGAUUUUAUGGUGAGCCAUGGCAUUAUCCCAAAUUGUCCAGAGAUGAUCCCACCAGAUCCCUACAUCGAGAGUCGCAAAAGAAACCCUGCUCGGGAGCAUAUCACUCCCUCAGACUUUGAUAAACUCAAACAGUUCCUGACCUAUGACCGAAAGGUUCUGAGAUUCUAUGCUUACUGGAAUGACACAGACAAUAUGUUUGGUGAGUGCAGACGGUACGUUAUCCAUUAUUAUCUGGCUGAUGGGACAUUGGAAAUCCGUGAUGUUUACGAAAAGAAUGAUGGACGAGAUCCUUUUCCAAUGAUGGUGGGUCGGAAGCGUUACCCCAAAACAUUGAAAGACGAGGCAGCAACCUUCCCCUCGAUCUCAAUGGAGGUGUCUGACCAGGAGGUGAAGGAAUGGUAUGGUCCACGGGAUUUCAUUGUUGGUCAAUCUGUCACUCUUCUUGGUCGUGAAUUCUUCAUCUAUGACUGUGAUGAGUUCACAAAGAAUUACUUUUACCAGAACAUUAGGGGGGUGGAGCUUCAUCCCGUUGAUGUCAUCAAGAAACCUGCACCACCAGAGAAAAAGUGGGUUCCUCCAUACAAUGGAUUUGGAUCAGUGGAGGAUUCACUGGGGAAUUGUUUAUCGUUCAUCCCCAAACCACCAAAGAAGGACGUCCGCAAAAUCCUGGAAAUGGACAAGGUCAUCCUGCGAUAUGAGGCUAAGAUGGAGUCCAGGAAUCCUGAUGACUGGAAUCGACGUUUUAUCCUCAGCUUCCACGUGGCCACUGAUGAGAUCAGCAUCUUUGAACCUCCACUCCGCAACUCGGGGAGAAUAGGAGGAAGAGUAUUAUCAAAGAUAAGGAUUCCCAAACCAGGAACCAAUGUGGAAAACCCAGAAUUUUAUACAGCCAAGGAUCUGGCGAUCUGCUCAAUUGUUGAAGUGCUCGGUUGCCGUUUCAUCAUCACUGACGCUGAUGAAUAUGUUCACAAAUACCUGCAAGCGAAUGCUGCAGAAUUUCCGAGUGAAGUUCUCAACUCAUUCCAGCAGAAAGCUCAGGAAAGGAAGGCACAAAUAGUCCAGGAGUCUCUGGUCCAAGAGUCCCUCCCCAAGACUCAACAGGAGAUGGAUCAGAAAGCUCGCUCUAUGUCAUUUGGUGAUCCAGAGCUUGCUCCUGCUGAGAUGAGCAGUGAGGACUGUGCAACGAUGCCAUCAGAAUGUUGGCAAUUUCUUGACCAGAGACCAUCAGAAGCUCAGUCCCAGGGAGAUAACCGCACACUUCAGUACAAGAAAGAUAUCUGCCCACCACAGAACCAGGGAGAUAUCCGCACACCUCAAUAUCAAGCAGAUAUCUGCCCACCACAGAACCAGGGAGAUAUCCGCACACCUCAAUAUCAAGGAGGUAUCUGCCCACCACAGAACCAGGGAGAUAUCCGCACACCUCAAUAUCAAGGAGGUAUCUGCCCACCACAGAACCAGGGAGACAUCCGCACACCUCAAUAUCAAGCAGAUAUCUGCCCACCACAGAACCAGGGAGAUAUCCGCCCACCUCAAUAUCAAGCAGGUAUCUGCCCACCACAGAAUCAGGGAGAUAUCCACACACCUCAAUAUCAAGGAGGUAUCGGCCCACCACAGAACCAGGGAGAUAUCCGCACACCUCAAUACCAUAGAGAUAUCUGCCCACCACCAUCCCAGGGAGAUAUCCAUAUACCUCAGAACCAGGCAGAUAUCAGUGCACCUCAAUAUCAAGCAGGUAUCUGCCCACCACAGAACCAGGCAGAUAUCCGUACACCUCAACACCAGAGAGAUAUCUGCCCACCACUGUCCCAGGGAGAUAUCCAUGCACCUUAG